GUUACAUCGUUGACGUUAGUCAUCAGGCAAGUUGAAGUGUAAAAGUGAAGUGUUUCAAUUUCACUUAUGAUUAUGAGCAGCACACACACAUUUAAUAAUAUAUAAUUUUAUUUACCUUUGGACUUCGGAAUCGCAAUAAAUUAUUUUUUGUAGAAGGAAAACUAUUAAAAUGUGCACGUUCUUCACUUCGACAUCGUCAUCGACUCAACAUUAACAUUAGUAGGCCUAUUAGUGUCAUGAGUGAGGUAGGCCUACCGGGCCCAUUUAUUUAUAAUCAUCAUAAUCAUAAUUAUAAUCAUAGUCAUAAUCAUAAGUCAUAAGGCAUGUCCGCCCAUGAUAAAGCCAUACUUAUUAAGACUAAAUAUGUAGAUUAUGUGAAUGUAUAAUAGUAAUAAUAAUAAAUAAUAAUAAUACUGAAUAGCAUAAUAGCAUAGUCAUAGUUAUAGGUAUAGUAUUCUCUAGCAUUUUAAUAGACUAGACCUUUUAUUAUUAUUAUGGUUUGUUUGUAUUAUAUUUAUAUUGUAAAUUUAUGAUGUGAAAAAUUGAAAAUCUGGUCUUAUGGAUGGUGUCGUUGUUACGACUUAGUUAAAAAUAACACUGACACCGGUGUUAUAAGUUAGUUUAACUUUACUCUUUAGUCUACCGGCUACAUCAUUAACUUGAGUCUUGAAGCCUGCCCACUACUAGCUACCAUAUAUUAUGCCUACGGCCUACAGAGCUACUGCGACACAACCUAUAAUAAGACUAAGGACCAUAAUUAUUACUGCCCUAUUACUAUUACUAUUUCAAGUAGGCCUAUAGGCCUACCAAGAUUGAUGGUAAGUGGACAGUUCAGUGGAUACAGUGUAGAGUAGGCCUAACACGAGUGAACACUACAUUAAAAAUGCAACAUUCAUUGUUUACAUGUUUACAGUGAGUUUGAGUUAGCUACAGUGGUCUACAGUGAAGCCACAAAUUUUCCUGCUAUCGUACACCUAACUGUCCUAAGUUAUUGGCCUAGGACAUUGCAGCUUGGCCUUGGCCAGAAAUCGGUAUUGACUCCGAAAAACAUGGUUAUCAAAUCAUGGUUCUUUCUUGAAAAGAAAUUUGGCUCUGAUUUGAACAACAUUUUAAUCGUCCUGCUGCUGAUUUUCUUGGCUCUUUGACUAAUGAGUUUGCUGAACACUGGCUUAGGUCUAUUGCCAAUUUAAAAUUUUAAUAAUUUGAGUAUUAGAUUUUCAUCAAAUUAUAUAGCAACAGUGACCCCUAAAUAUUUAUCCAACUUACAGUAAUAUAAACUAUUAUGGCUGUGCCGAGGAAAAGUGGCGCCCGGACGAAGCCUGAAAAUGCUGCCCUUCAUUAAAUGUAGAAAAAUGUAACAUGUGCCCCUGAGGCGGACCAGUAAAAAGAAGAAUUAAUGCCCCUUUUCUUUGUGCCGUGUACAGGAAUUUAUUGUUUAAUUCUCUUGUAAGAGUCUAUAAUAUAAAAUAUAAAGACAAUUUUGGUAACCCUGAUGUUGGUGCCUGGGGCGAGUGCCCCCUCCUCCUCCCCCAACCCCCAGUCUUAGCCCGGUCUAUAAAUUUUAUUACUCAAAGAUAAAGAAGAUAGUUUACAAAAAGUGUUGUCAAGAGGAGUGAAACAUUAUUUAAAAUAUUUUUUUUAAGAUGCUCAUAAAGUUUACAAAUAUGUAAAUGUCAAUGUGCAAAUUAGGUUUCAAGUCUGUCCACAAUUUAAAAUUGUUAAAUCCAACCUUGAAAUUCAAGGUUGGAUAAAAAAAAUUUUAAUUGUGGAUGGAGAUGUAAAAACCUCUAGAUACACCAAUGGAUCACUUUUGUUGAAAUCGAAUGGUUGUUUUAAGUCUUAAUCAUGCUUAAUAUUAUGUUAAAUAGGUAAAAAUUAUAAAAAAAUGUUUUACUUCCAAGUUUUUUUGUGCUUAGAGCAAAGGACUAAAUACUUAUUAAAUAAAUUAAUUUGUCUAAAAUUAACCCAAUUGUCUCACGAUCUCUUUUUGCAUCUAACUGCUCUCAAGUGCAGGGAGCUAUAUAGUUUUUUUGGAACCGAAGUUUUGAUUGAAUAGCAUUGUGAACAUUGUGUGCUACACAUCCUAUGUCAAGGAAGGACUUUAUGGCUGAGUGUUUCAUUUAGUUUUCAAUAUAUAUUGUUUUUUCCCCUUCUCUCUGCACCAUCAAAAUUUGCACAAUUUUCUGUAACAGCUGAUGUGAUUACAGUGUUUCCAUAAUAUAUGGGUGAAGUAGAGCAGAUAUUUCUCCAGGUAAAUUUUUAAAUUCAAGGAUUUUUACUUCAAUUCCUGCUGAUGACAAAAUAUAUUGAACAAGUAUAGGAAACAACUUGACAACUUUAUGAUUGGAUGCAUCAAUGAAAACAGACACAACGUUUGCAUUUUCCAGCUCAUAUUUACAGCGCUCCAUUGCAAGAAAUCAACAAGCGUGUCGACAGGAAGUCUUCAUCAGGGAACAAACAACAGUAAAAAGAGUAUUAAAUAAAAAUAGCACUUAGCUGAAAAGUAGUAUCCGAGAGGGGAGCAAAAGAAUUUAGGGCUCCUGUAAGUCAUGUAAGUCUGCCGGUCACAGUCAACCGUAUGAUUAUAGUGAGGGAGUCAGAACAUUUCAGAACAGAAACUCUAGAAAUUGAAUGGUCAGAAAGUAUUUUCUACCUCUAUGUAGACCUUUUGGAAAUUGUAAAAAACUUUCCCAAUAAAGGGCGGUUGGGGAAAGGAGUGCAGCAUUUGUCACCUAGUUAAUUGGUGAUGUCAGUAACAAAAAGCAAAGGGGGGUGGGACAAGUAAUGCUCACUACGACUCCACAUCAAGCAGGAUUAGCUAAAACUAGGUUAACACACAGGCUAUAACACACAGUGUGUAGUAAGCCUAAUCAAGCCUUUGUUUUACAUGCCUUGCAUUUAUACCUGUGUGUCGGCAAGUAGGCCACUUCACAAGGUCAUCUGCAUAGAGUGCCAUCUCCGCCCUUAGCUCAUCUGAUAGGUCAUUAAUAAACUUUAGGAAUAGCGUACAACUCAGUGACGAGCAUUGUAGAAGACCCUCUUCCAGGACACACUUUGUUGAGCUGGCCCCUUCUUCUAAAACACACUGAAGAGGUGGCCACUUCUUCCAGGACACACUUUGAUGAGCUUGACCCUUCUUCCAGAACAAGAACACACUGAAGAGGUGGCCACUUCUUCCAGGACACACUUUGAUGAAGUGGUCCCUUCUUCCAGGAUACACUUUGAUGAGGUAGCCACUUCUUCCAGAACACACUUUGAAGAGGUGACCACUUCUUCCAGGACACAGUUUGAUGAGGUGGCCACUUCUUCCAGGACACACUUUGAUGAGUUGGCGUUUUUUAGUUUUGUUUGGUUAGUACAAUCAGUAAGAAAGAACUUUAAACAUUUGUACAUCUUGCAAUAAAUCCUUGCAUUGUUUAACCUCCAGAGUUAGCCUUUCUGCCAUAAUCCAUUAUAGGCCUGCUGGAGGUCAACAAAGUUUCCUGCAGUGGUUUUUUUUGUUGUGGAUGCCAAGAAGGAUACUUAGCCUCAGGCAGAAGAGUUGAUCAUCCUUACUGUCAAGUUCUGAAACCAGCUUGGUAUUAAAAUGUAUUGAAAGAGCCAUUUGUUUCUAGUUCUAGUCACCAAUAGAGGUAAAAGUUGAUCAUUCUUUCUGCAAGUUUUCCAAUUCAGGAAGUCAGGGAUAUUGGUCUAAAGCUUUUGACAUAAUUUUCAGCCUUUCAUUUUUAAAACAAUGGUGGUAUAAUGGCAUUUUCCAAGAUUUUAAGGAUUUCACUUUUGCCUCAAGAACUGUUUAUGACAUUGAGUAUGGAUUUUUCCACCAUAGGGCCCAAAUUCACAAUCAUGGGGUUAUGGAUUUUAUCUGUGCCUUGGGCUUUUCAAUUUAUAUCUCGGCCUGGUGCUUUUUGAUACAUUAUAAUAUUUCAUAUUGGAAAUUUUAUGUGUUGUGUAAAUCAAGGACAGGUUGGGUUAAAAAAUUAAUUGUUUUAUAUGACAUAAAUUAUACAUUUUGUACCCCAAAAAUUGUGUGUCAUGGUUUUCUCAACAGUUCUCUUAACCACAUAAAGCAUGUCACAACCAUGUUAUUAUGCGGGGACUUUUUUAAUAACAUCUGAAAUAAAUUUGUAUUAUUUAAAAGUAAUUAAAAAUGGAUUCUUAUAGUUAGUGAUGACUUCAGAUAAAAAUGUGGUAGCUGUAUAAUCACUAAUUAGAUAACAUACUUUGUUGAAAAAUAAUUACAUAUAUAUAACUAAUUCUAUUUUGUGUUCAAGUACCUGUAUUUAAUAUAAUUUGUCUGUGUGUUUCAAUCGUCUUUGUUAUGCUACAAAUAUGACAUAGUUCAUGGAUUUAGUUAAAUAAUGCUUUUUGAAAAACUUUUUUGAUUAAAAGUUAUUCAUUUCAGGGACGUUCCAUGAUGGCAGAGAGAGGAAGGAUGCUCAGAUUAGAAAAUCUUCCACCAGAUAUUACUGCAGACAUGCUUAGGAUCAUAUUGUCUAAUAAGAGACGUCAAGGUGGUGGUCCUGUCGACAAUAUAGAUUUGAAUAGUGAAGAGCACAGCGCAAUAGUUACUUUUAGAGAUUGUGAAGGUAAUUAGAUAAGUCUUAAUAUUGCUGAAAUACUGCUAGUUGUAAGAAAAAAUAAUUCGUAAAAUCUUUGAGCUUUAAAAAUGAAAUAAUUUGUUCAAUCUAACGUGGACUUUUUGAGCUUCUAAAUUAUUUUAUAAUUACAUUAAUAUAGCUAUCAAUUAAAGCUCUAAAUAGUCCUAUGAAAUACUGCCCUCUUUAUGCUCUCAUGAAAUGGUGAGCUCAUAAAAAUGAAAACAUGAUAUACAAUUGUGCUAAAGAAAUACCAAUACAAAAAAAUGACUUAAGAUAAAGUAAGUUUUUUUAAUUUGAUUAAGUAAACACAUGAAUUAUGCACAAUAAUGUUCGGAAUGUGUUUCUUCAAGUCAAUGCUUUCUUUAAACUUAAAUAAAACAAUAAAGAAUUUGCAUUUCUUAAUGUUUUUAUUUAAUUUUUCUCUAGCUGUCAAUAUAAUACUUAACAAAGGAAAUUUUAUUGAGAUUCAAGAAUUUGAAGCUAAGAUUUUCUGUGUUGAUGACAUUUCCAAAAGUUUACAGAGAAGACGUGAGACUGUUCUUAAAAAUAAAAAAACUCCUUCAGUGGCAAUGAGUUUUACAGAAAAAAGCAAUGGUAAAAAUUUGAAUAAACAAGAAAGUUAUAACGCUGAAUUUGGAUCAUCAAACAGGAAAAAUGCAUGUCAAAAGUUGCAACCUAGAAAUGAUAAGAGAGAAACUCAUUCUUUGAGUGAAUCAGAAUCUUCUGAAAGUUCUGAUGAUAUACAUCCAACUAAAACAAGAAACACAAACAAUAUAAGAAUCCUUGGAGAUCAAGAUGGAAACAAGCCUUUAAACAGACAAAAAUAUGGAUUUAAGAGUGAUGAAUAUAGAAAGCAAAAUAUGAUGAGAAAAGGGCAUAGUGAGGAAGAAAGCAAGAAAUUUGAAAUAGAUGAGAGAGCUGAAUCAUCAAGUGAUUUUGAAUCUUCUGAAAGCUCUGAGGAUAAUUUUAUACCUAAAACAAAAGGCUCAGAAAAAAUGAGUCUUACAGAUAACUAUGAAGACAAGUCUAAAAAACAGAAAGCGCAUUCUCUUGAAAGUCAAGCCACAGAAAGACCAAACAUAAUAUAUAAAAAGCCUCAUUCUAAAGACAGAAGCAAAAUCAUUGCUGCUGAUAAGAAAAAACCUCAAUAUUCUUCCUCUAGUGAUUUUGAAUCCUCUGAGAGUUCAGAAAAUGAGUUUGAAACUAAACCAAAAAACAAAGGAAGAAAUAGUUUAACAGAUCAAGAAGAUGUUAUAUCUUCUAACAGAGGAAAUGGUGAUGGAUCUAAAGGGGCAUCAUCUAUUAAAGGCUCUUCUAAAGAUGAAAGCAGUGGUUUUGUAUCUGAUAAGAAACCCAUCCAAUCUUGUAUUGAAUCAGAAUGCUUUUCUGAAUCUUCAGUCAAUUCUCAUGAUGAUGAUUCUGAUGAUGAAGAUCUCAGUUUAACAGAAAAAGCUGAGAAAACUGUGAAAAUUAAAAUAAUAGAUGCAAAGAAGCAAAAGGACUUUUAUCUCCUUUAUUUAGAAGAUGACGCAAUCAAUGAAGGAGAAUUUUAUGAAAAAAGCAUUUUGCUGGAUGGCUUGAAUAAACAUGUUUUUGUUACUUUUAAAAAUGCCAAAGGUGAGUGAACUUAAACAAUUUUUGAAAAAUUAAAUAAGUUAAAAUAAAAUAUGUCAUUUUUAUUUUCUAUAAUACUGUUAUAUUUAAGGUUAAAAAGUUGAGCUAUAAUCUACUUGCACCAUUAUCUUCAUAUAUAUUUAUAACUAAACUUUUAAUAAUUUCUCUUUUUAAUUAGAUGCCAGGGCAUUUUGCCGUACCAGGCAUGAUGAAGAUAGCAAUAUUACUAAAGUUACCAUUGCAAGUGAGAAUGACUUCAACUGGUACAGCAAUCUUGUUGCUGUCUUUGGAUAUAGCUUUGAAUCCAAAAAAGAUAUAAAUGCAUUUAAAGAUCAGAUCUCCAAUUGUCUUAAACGGGAUGUCCAAGAAAUUAUACAGUAUGAUGAACCAAGGUCUUUGAUUGUAAAAUUCAACCCAAAAUUCCAGGACACACUUUGAUGAAGUGGUCCCUUCUUCCAGGAUACACUUUGAUGAGGUAGCCACUUCUUCCAGAACACACUUUGAAGAGGUGACCACUUCUUCCAGGACACAGUUUGAUGAGGUGGCCAAUUCUUCCAGGACACACUUUGAUGAGUUGGCGUUUUUUAGUUUUGUUUGGUUAAUACAAUCAGUAAGAAAGAACUUUAAACAUUUGUACAUCUUGCAAUAAAUCCUUGCAUUGUUUAACUUCCAGAGUUAGCCUUUCUGCCAUAAUCCAUUAUAGGCCUGCUGGAGGUCAACAAAGUUUCCUGCAGUGGGUUUUUUUGUUGUGGAUGCCAAGAAGGAUACUUUGCCUCAGGCAGAAGAGUUGAUCAUCCUUACUGUAAAGUUCUGAAACCAGCUUGGUAUUAAAAUUUAUUGAAAGAGACAUUUGUUUCUAGUUCUAGUCACCAAUAGAGGUAAAAGUUGAUCAUUCUUUCUGCAAGUUUUUCAAUUCAGGAAGUCAGGGAUAUUGGUCUAAAGCUUUUGACAUAAUUUUCAGCCUUUCAUUUUUAAAACAAUGGUGGUAUAAUGGCAUUUUCCAAGAUUUUAAGGAUUUCCCUUUUGCCUCAAGAGCUGUUUAUGACAUUGAGUAUGGAUUUUUCCACCAUAGGGCCCAAAUUCACAAUCAUGGGGUUAUGGAUUUUAUCUGUGCCUUGGGCUUUUCAAUUUAUAUCUCUGCCUGGUGCUUUUUGAUACAUUAUAAUAUUUCAUAUUGGAAAUUUUAUGUGUUGUGUAAAUCAAGGACAGGUUGGGUUCAAAAAUUAAUUGUUUUAUAUGACAUAAAUUAUACAUUUUGUACCCCAAAAAUUGUGUGUCAUGGUUUUCUCAACAGUUCUCUUAACCACAUAAAGCAUGUCACAACCAUGUUAUAAUGCGGGGACUUUUUUAAUAACAUCUGAAAUAAAUUUUUAUUAUUUAAAAGUAAUUUAAAAUGGAUUCUUAUAGUUAAUGAUGACUUCAGAUAAAAAUGUGGUAGCUGUAUAAUCACUAAUUAGAUAACAUACUUUGUUGAAAAAUAAUUAUAUAUAUAUAACUAAUUCUAUUUUGUGUUCAAGUACCAGUAUUUAAUAUAAUUUGUCUGUGUGUUUCAAUCGUCUUUUUUAUGCUACAAAUAUGACAUAGUUCAUGGAUUUAGUUAAAUAAUGCUUUUUGAAAAACUUUUUUGAUUAAAAGUUAUUCAUUUCAGGGACGUUCCAUGAUGGCAGAGAGAGGAAGGAUGCUCAGAUUAGAAAACCUUCCACCAGAUAUUACUGCAGACAAGCUUAAGAUCAUAUUGUCUAAUACGAGACGUAAAGGUGGUGGUCCUGUCGACCAUAUAGAUUUGAAUAGUGAAGAGCACAGCGCAAUAGUUACUUUUAGAGAUUGUAAAGGUAAUUAGAUAAGUCUUAAUAUUGCUGAAAUACUGCUAGUUGUAAGAAAAAAUAAUUCGUAAAAUCUUUGAGCUUUAAAAAUGAAAUAAUUUGUUAAUCUAACGUGGACUUUUUGAGCUUCUAAAUUAUUUUAUAAUUACAUUAAUAUAACUAUCAAUUAAAGCUCUAAAUAGUCCUAUGAAAUACUGCCCUCUUUAUGCUCUCGUGAAAUGGUGAGCUCAUGAAAAUGAAAACAUGAUAUACAAUUGUGCUAAAGAAAUACCAAUACAAAAAAAAUGACUUAAGAUAAAGUAAAUUUUUUUAAUUUUUUUAUUUGAUUAAGUAAACACAUGAAUUAUGCACAAUAAUGUUCAGAAUGUGUUUCUUUAAGUCAAUGCUUUCUUUAAACUUAAAUAAAACAAUAAAGAAUUUGCAUUUCUUAAUGUUUUUAUUUAAUUUUUCCCUAGCUGUCAAUAUAAUACUUAACAGAGGAAAUUUUAUUGAGAUUCAAGAAUUUGAAGCUAAGAUUUUCUGUGUUGAUGACAUUUCCAAAAGUUUACAGAGAAGUGAGACUGUUCUUAAAAAUAAAAAAACUCCUUCAGUGGCAAUGAGUUUUACAGAAAAAAGCAAUGGUAAAAAUUUGAAUAACCAAGAAAGUUAUAACGCUGAUUGUGGAUCUUCAAACAGGAAAAAUACAUGUCAAAAAUUACAACCUAGAAAUGAUAAGAGAGAAACUCAUUCUUUGAGUGAAUCAGAAUCUUCUGAAAGUUCUGAUGAUAUACAUCCAACUAAAACAAGAAACACAAACAAUAUAAGAAUCCUUGGAGAUCAAGAUGGAAACAAGCCUUUAAACAGACAAAAAUAUGGAUUUAAGAGUGAUGAAUAUAGAAAGCAAAAUAUGAUGAGAAAAGGGCAUAGUGAGGAAGAAAGCAAGAAAUUUGAAAUAGAUGAGAGUGCUGAAUCAUCAAGUGAUUUUGAAUCUUCUGAAAGCUCUGAGGAUAAUUUUAUACCUAAAACAAAAGGCUCAGAAAAAAUGAGUCUUACAGAUAAAUAUGAAGACAAGUCUUUGAAAAAACAGAAAGCGCAUUCUCUUGAAAGUCAAGCCACAGAAAGGCCAAACAUAUAUAAAAAUCCUCAUUCUAAAGACAGAAGCAAAAUCAUUGCUGCUGAUAAGAAAAAAACUCAAUAUUCUUCGUUGAGUGAUUUUGAAUCCUCUGAGAGUUCAGAAAACGAGUUUGAAACUAAACCAAAAAACAAGGGAAGAAAUAGUUUAACAGAUCAAGAAGACGUUAUAUCUUCUAACAGAGGAAAUGGUCAUGGAUCUAAAGGGGCAUCAUCUAUUAAAGGCUCUUCUAAAGAUGAAAGCAGUGGUUUUGUAUCUGAUAAGAAACCCAUCCAAUCUUGUAGUGAAUCAGAAUGCUUUUCUGAAUCUUCAGUCAGUUCUCAUGAUGAUGAUUCUGAUGAUGACGAUCUCAGUUUAGCAGAAAAAGCUGAGAAAACUGUGAAAAUUAAAAUAAUAGAUGCAAAGAAGCAAAAGGACUUUUAUCUCCUUUAUUUAGAAGAUGACUCAAUCAAUGAAGGAGAAUUUUAUGAAAAAAGCAUUUUGCUGGAUGGCUUGAAUAAACAUGUUUUUGUUACUUUUAAAAAUGCCAAAGGUGAGUGAACUUAAACAACUUUUGAAAAAUUAAAUAAGUUAAAAUAAAAUAUCUCAUUUUUAUUUUCUAAAAAUACUGUUAUAUUUAAGGUUAAAAAGUUGAGCUAUAAUCUACUUGCACCAUUAUCUUCAUAUAUAUUUAUAACUAAACUUUUAAUAAUUUCUCUUUUGAAUUAGAUGCCAGGGCAUUUCGCCGUACCAGGCAUAAUGAAGAUAGCAAUAUUACUAAAGUUACCAUUGCAAGUGAGAAUGACUUCAACUGGUACAGCAAUCUUGUUGCUGUCUUUGGAUUUAGCUUUGAAUCCAAAAAAGAUAUAAAUGCAUUUAAAGAUCAGAUCUCCAAUUGUCUUAAACGGGAUGUCCAAGAAAUUAUACAGUAUGAUGAACCAAGGUCUUUGAUUGUAAAAUUCAACCCAAAACACUGUCACCAAGGUACUUUAUAGACAUUGUCAAUUUGAGUAGUUAAGUUUUUAAUCAUCAUUUUAGUCACUAUGAUUAUAACAUGCACAAUGUCUAUGUCAGAUUACCAAGUUACAUUNAUGAAGAUAGCAAUAUUACUAAAGUUACCAUUGCAAGUGAGAAUGACUUCAACUGGUACAGCAAUCUUGUUGCUGUCUUUGGAUAUAGCUUUGAAUCCAAAAAAGAUAUAAAUGCAUUUAAAGAUCAGAUCUCCAAUUGUCUUAAACGGGAUGUCCAAGAAAUUAUACAGUAUGAUGAACCAAGGUCUUUGAUUGUAAAAUUCAACCCAAAACACUGUCACCAAGGUACUUUAUAGACAUUGUCAAUUUGAGUAGUUAAGUUUUUAAUCAUCAUUUUAGUCACUAUGAUUAUAACAUGCACAAUGUCUAUGUCAGAUUACCAAGUUACAUUUUCAUCCUUAAAGGGAAAAUCUUCAAAGCACAUGUAAAGAUAAUGAUCUUAAUUGUGGAACUCAAAAUAAUUAUUGAAGUUACAUGUUACAAGUUACAAAUGAGAAUUUUCAGUUAGAUCAAAACUUCCUCAAUAUAAAUUUAAAUUUGACAGGAAAAAUAAUUAUACCAGGUAAAUGUGAUUUGUAUAUCAUGUUAUAGUAAUAUAUUCUGCAUAACAAAAUAGUGAUUGAAUGAAAUUAAAAAUUAUAAAUUUAGAUAAUGAAAUACAUUUAAUUUGCAAAGACUUUUAUUUUAUAUAUGUAACAACCUCUCUCUCUAUUAUAAAUUAUAAUAAAUAUUGACUUGCAAAUAUUUAACAAAUUGUGCCCCUUAAAAAGAUAUACUGCCUCCUUUCACUAGCCGUGUGCUGUUAUUGCCUCAUGGCCCCAAGGAGACUACAUCAUCUAAAAGAUAGGCUUAUGCUCAUUAAUUGGAUAAUGAGGAGCUCUUACAAAUUAUGCUUUUGCCAAACAGGGGAUAAUCUGAAGAGUUUUUAAUGCCAACUUGUCAAAGUAACUGAUCAAAACUGCCAACAAAUAUUUCACAAUAAUUUAUAAAAAUUUACUUUUCAGCAAAAUAUGGAGAUUUGUUAUGGAAAUGUGCUGUGGAAUUUUGUGACAUUCACCUCAUUACAGCACCAGUUGAGAAAAGCAACCAAAUUUUGAUAUCUGGUCUCUCUAAAGGCACUGAUAAUAGCACUGUAGAGCGUUAUUUGUCAAGCAAGAGACAUGGUGGAAGCCGUGGACAGUUGAGUUCCCCUAUUAAAAGAAUCAAUGAUCACCAGGCUAUAGCAACUCUUAAAAGUGUGGAAAGUAAGAUAACGUUGAUUAAAUUAUACAAUUUUGAAAUUUAUAUAAAAUUAUAAUCUUUGUUUCUUGACCUUAACUUCAGUAAAUGUAAUUUUUGAUGGUAUCUGGUUAGUGACAGAGUAUUUCAAUAGUUUGGAUAGUUAUUAUUGAGAUAUCAACGUAGCCCAUUAAUAUGUUUGCUCAAAGGCUUGCAUUGCUCUUUUUUAUGUGCAAUACUGACAUCUACCUUAUUAUUCAAAUCUUUUUUGUUUGAAUAAUUUUUUUUUCUACUAAUUAUGGAAAAGUUAAUAAUUUAUUGUUCAUACAAGAGGCUUGCAAUCUUUUUUUCAAAAAGACUACUUAAAUCAUUUAAAAGACAGCAUAAAUGAAAAGAUAUGUAAACGUUUACAUUUUCAAACAUGCAUGGGCUCAAUGAACCCAUUUUACUGUCACAUUUGCUGCAAGUUUUUACACUUUGCUUAUAGGCCUAUAUAUUUUAAUGUUGAUUUUUAAUUGCCAUCCAAUGUAAAAUAGUGUUUUUAUUAUCUUAUUUAUAAAAGUUAAAAUCAAUAAUAAAUAGAUUUUGAAUAUUUUUUUAGUUAGUUGGCGUAUAUGGAAGUUUUCUAAACUGGCCAGUUUUUUAUAUGUGCUUUAAAAAUGUUAAUAUCUUUUUUCUAUCUUCAGCAAUAGAGAGCAUUUUGAAUAAAAAUAAUCAUGAACUUGAGGGGAAAAAACUGAAGAUUGAUUAUUUUCAUUACUGCCUUUCACCAGAAGUUUAUGAAAAACAUUUUGGCUUGGACAGAACAACUAAAAAUUUGCCUAAGAAAACAAGAGCAGAAUAUAAACCCAAAGAUAUAAAGAAGCCUGAAGAUAGAGAGAUUGAUGAAGCCACGGAUCUUCAACAAAAAGGAGACAAAUCCCCCAAAAAAAAGAAAAGCCAUGAGGAAGAACAGAGCUCUAAAACAUUACCGGCAACUAUGAAAAAAAAUGACUUACAGAAAGGAGAAGCUGAAAGAAUGACUUUGAAAGAAGGAGAGAAGAAAAUAGAUGCAGGAAAAGAGAGAAAAAAGCCUAGAAAGGAAAAUAAAGAUACAAUGGCACAAGUUUCAAUGCCCCUGGAAGAGCGUGAAAAAGAAAUUUUGCAAAGUAUCAAUUUUUUUGAGGACUUAAAGAUUGAAACAGAGUUUCAACCUGGACUCUUAAAUCUUAGGGGCACUGAUGAAAAUAUUAAGGUUGCUAAAAACACAAUUUUUAACAAAUGCUACAAAGAUAUUAAAAAGCUCCAAUUCACUGCUAAGAACAUGGAUACCACACACAUAGAACUCCUACAGAUCAGUGGUGUCCAAAGUUACAUCAACAAAAUGUUUAAGAAAAAGCAUUAUCCUGCCUUUUUAGAAUGCAAAGAUGACUCGUUAAUUCUACACUACUUGAAAGAAGCCGAUGAAACCAAACUAAUUGAAGUUGUUAAGAAACAAAUUGAAAGUAAAAAAAUGUCAUUAGGUGAUCAGUUUUCUAUAUUCCAAUCCUUAAAAGGUUCUGAAUUUAUUGCACAAUUAUGUGAGGAUGAAAAAGAAAAAACAAGCACAAUAGCAAGAUUGGAUCAAAGUAAUAAGUCCAUUCACAUUGUGGCACUUCGUAAAUAUAUAUACCAAGCCCAAGCGAUAAUCGAAAGAUUUAUGGAGGAGAAUCAGAUUCAUGAACACGAAGUUCCCAUGCUGAGAGGAGAGAUCGAAUAUAUUGAAAGAUUUAUGUCAGAUACCUUCAUUCGGACUAUCAGUGACUUAUUGGAACAUGGGAUAUCUGUGGAUUAUAGUGAGGAUAAAAUUGUGUUUCAAGGGACUGAAGAUGGAACCAGAGAGGCAGAAAUAUACCUGUCUAAGUUAAGGCAAGUAUUUUUGACUGCGGGUAUUUUGCUAUAAGUGAUGUUUAUGAUUUUUGUUUUUUUCAUGGUCCUAAAUGUUGAUAAAAUUUAAUGAUUUAGCUUAAAUGAAAAAUAAGGCUGAGGAUUCUUAAUAUGUGGGAGUAGGGGUUCAACUAAAACUAAUUUUUUUUAAAUUAAAAAUAUGGGAUGCAAUUUUAGCCUUUUGGUUAAGUUAAUGCUUCCAGAUUUAUUGAAUGGUCUUUGCAUUUCACAAAUGUAAAUAGAUUAUGAAUAAUAAAAUAAAUGGCUUUCUGUGUUUUUAAAUAUUUUUUCAGAGACAAGAUUAAAGCUCAGACUUUCCAGCUGAACAAUUUUGGAAUUAAAGAAUUUCUUUCAGAUAAAGAAGGCAAAAAGUUAAUUGAUGACUUUGAAAAUCUAAACACAUGUGUGAUCAAAGAAGAUGACAAUUCAUCAAAAAGUUCACCUAGCAAAGCAAAAAUUCACACGGUAACUUCUUCUGCAACAAAAGGCAUUGUUCGCUGUCAACUUAGAGGCUGUGAUAUAAUUUUCACAUGUGGAAAUAUCCUGGAAGAGAUUGCUGAUGGCAUUAUUAACCCCUUACAUAUUUCAAAGAAAUUAGGUGGUGGCUUGGGAAAAGCCAUUUUAGCAAAGGGUACUUGUAAUACUUUUCACUUAAACUAUGAAAUGGUAUAUUUAUUUGAAAUUAAAAUUGGGCCUCCUUUUAUUUCAAAGAUAAUCACAGAAAUAAAUUAAGUUCAAAACAUAUUUACCAAAGAAACUACAAUAUUAUUGUUCUAGAUCUAUAAAUAACAACUGGUAAAUGCUAAAGCUCAAGCUACAGUAGAGAAAAAACUAACCAAGGUCAUUUUUAUGACUUAUAAAUUUACUUUCAAAAUAAACAUAUUCAUUGCAUCUGUUGUAUAAUAUAAAAAUUAUUCUCAUUUAAUGAAUAUCUUAUUUAUAAUCAAAAAUUUAAAAAAUUAACUUCUUAGGGCUCAAUCAGAAAUAUUUAAUGUAUUGGAAUAGACAUAUUCGUGUUAUUAAGUAACAUAUUUGUAUCUACUUUUCCAAUUAAAAGGUGGUGAUAAAAUUCAGGAAGAAUUGAAUAAAACCCCAAUGAUAACAGAAGUGAAAAUUACAUCAGCUGGUAAACUAAACAACAUACAGAAAAUUGUUCAUUUUAUUGCUGUAAGUCUACAUGGCAAUCUAGAUUCAUUGAAAGAUACACUUCAGAGGUGUUUGCUAGAGGCUGUGAAAAGCAAAAUCCAUUCUCUUGCCAUACCAUUUAUGGUGAUAUCAGGUACAUUUUUAAUUCUUCUUUCUAAAGUGUAUAUGAAAGUGUUUUCAAACUCUGCUACAUUAUAAUGUUGUAACUUAGAGAAAUAGUUUAAUAAAUAUUUUUGUAGUUGUUAUAAUUAUUAUUUUUUUCUUUAUCCUGGGAACAAUAUAUCUUUGGUUCAGUAAGUGAAGCAUGUAGAUAUUUUUCAAAGAGCAUACAAAUGUUCAAUGAAGACAUUGAUAAUUAUUCUUAAAGGAAUGCUCAAAAUUGGCAAGAUUGGAUUUUUCACCGCAUUGCUUCAAACAAUUGAGACAUUUUUGGAAGAAGAGGAUACUGACAAUUGUAUUCAGAAAAUUAUCUUAUGUGACAAAGAAAGUUCAAAUGUGAAAGAUAUCAUGGAAAGAAGUGAAGCAUUAUGGAGUAUAGAAAUCAAAAAUCUUAGUACGAUUGAUGAUGUGGGAUAUCAAAAUUGUAAGUUGUAGACAUUCACUUUAUAAUAAAUCUGAUUACUGUUGAUAAAUAGAAUGUGAUUAAAAAAAAUGUAAAUAAACAUUAAAAAAAAAUGAUUUACUUAGAAAAAACAAUGUUUCAGUAUUUAUUUAAGGGUUGUUUAAUUUUAAGUUUAGUCACUUCUGAAUAAAACAGUUAUGUUUCAGAGUAAUGAAUAAUAAAAUUCACUUUGAAUGACAAAGCCAUAAUAUAUAAAAUGUGUAUUAACAUUGGGUUGGUUCCAACUUACUGGUUAUGCUUCGGAAUGUGACACUGAAAUUCUAGUAAAAACAUUUGGCAUAGUGCCAUUUCUAUCAACAUCAUGUAUGUUUAUCAAAUGUAAUAAUUAAAUAAAGUACUAAUGUGCAUUUAUAUCAAAAGCAAAAAACCCACAGUAUUCCCAAGAAUUAUCGAAAAGUCAACCAAGAUCUCAAGCUUAUGGACAAAGAAUGGAUGCACCAAAAUUUGGACCCAUCAGAGUUGAUGUUAGGAAGGGUGUGAUCACAAAAUCCCAGGUUUCAUAAAUGCAAUUCCAUUAAAAUUAUAGAUCAAAGCAUGCUAUCUUAACAAAUUUAUUUAUGAUUCAAACUUUUUUCUCUUAAUAUAAAUGAGAAUGUAAUAGGUCGAAAUGUCUUUGCUUGCAUUAAUUUUGCUAAAAAGGACUUUGUAAAAAUCUAUUUUUUAGACUGAUGUUAUUGUCUUUACUGUCAAUGAAAACUUGGAUUUAAAGAUAGGACACAUAGCUAAGAAUAUUCUGCGAUAUGGUGGAAACUCAAUUCAAGAAGAGCUUAAUAACAAGUAUGUACAAUGGGCAAUUUUAAAAUUACAAUAGCUCUAAGGUUAAAUUUUCUGCUGCAAUUUUUCUUUAUUGCACUUAAAAGGAACUAGCAGUUACAGGGAAACAUGUUCAAUGAUCUUUGUAGGUUAAGUUGAGCUGUGCACCAAUCAUUUUGUAGGCCUAAAUAUGUGGAUUUUUUUAAAGAGUUAAAUUUAGAUGAAAACUAAUUCAUUACUUAAUUAAUUUGAAGGAAAUAAUGACUGUUUUCAGUUAUAGCUCAGGAAUACAGGUUGGAGAUUUUGCUGAAACUAAAGCUGGUAACUUAAAGUGUCGUCAUAUUGUGCAUGCCUGUUUGUCACGUUACAAAGGAAAAAGAGCAGAGGUAAUUUUUUUAACGCUGUAGAACAAAGAUUUUUUAAUGUUAUAAAAAUUGAUUUUGGUAUUGCAAAUGGGAAAAGCAUUUCUUCAUAGAUUAAAAUAUUAUGAAUAUGUAAGUUCAAUGGCAAAAUGAUAAUAAUUAUGUAAAAUUAAGCUUGUCUUGCCUUUGUGUAUGUCCUUAUUUCUGAAAGUAAUGUAGUUCUAUAUUAAAGGUAGAUAUCUAUUUAUUUUUAUUAUGAAAUGAGCUCAUUUCCUUUUUCCUGAGCUGAUUGCAGUCUCUCAGCCUUAUUUCCAUUAAUCAUUAAUUUUAUUUGGGACCUUAAAUAAUCUUUUUUUUCAUGACAUAGUACAUAUCAAGUUCUGUUUUAUGAAGAUUUUUUAAUAAAAAGAUCCACUUGGUUAGGCUUUGAUAAGAUUCAUAAAAGAGAGAUGACAUGUUUUGGUUUGUUGAUUCAUCCAUAUCCUACCACUUUGCAAUCUAAAAAUGAAAAUUAACAAUUUUUUUAAUUUUGAACAAUUUGUUGUACUCAUUGACAUUUUCUAAAAAUGCUACUCUUUUUAAAAUAUUCUGGCAAAGGAUUACCAGAAAUUUAAUAUAGAUAUUCGUUAGCUCCACUCCUUCAUUAAAAAUAAUUGCUUCCUAUCUGUUUUAGCUUCACUCCAUUCUAAUUAUUUUAUGUUAAAAUUUGAUAUUAUUAUUAUUAUUAUUUUUAUUAGUGGUCUUAUACAGCGUGGUAUCCCAGCCUAUUCUAAAUAUCUUUGAUGCAUCUACAUCUCUCAAGCAAAUAAUACAUUAUAUAAACCAUAGUUAGCAAGAAGAGAAAUGGACCAGGGUUCACUUUCAUCAUCUGCUUGCUCUUUUCAAAAACAGUAUUUUGGAUUCAGUUUAAUUUUUAAAAAUUUAUAUAACUUACUUAUUGUAAUUUUUCUAUGUAUAAAUCUAUGAAUCUCUUACCUGUUCCUACAGAUGAGUUCCUUGGUUUUCAAAAUAUUGACCAAAGUCAAUGAGCAUAAAUUUGAAUCAAUCUCAAUACCAGCUCUGGGUACAGGUGGAUUGAAAUAUCCUGCAAGUAAGCAACUAUUAAUUAUAUCAACAUAAUGUGGUUUCUUACUAGUCAAAUAUGCCCUUGUAAGAAGCUACCAGUAAUUGGAUCUACAUGGGAGACAGAAGCAGAUAGGUUAAAUGACUAAAUGAAAAGAAAAAAAAAGAAAAAUCUUUUAACAUUUAGAACACAUUUUUUUGUACUCUAGAGUCUAGAAACAUUUACUAUCAUUCAAGUGUGAUGGUUUUUAUGUAUGCAGCUGUCAUUUUUAAAAUUGGCUCUGUUUAAUUCAACCUAACAUGCUCUCAUUGGAAGCCCACUAACUUUGCGCCUUCACUGUCAUUUUUAAACAGUUCUACCAUUUUUAGUAAUUCAUUCUGAUAGAAAUUCUUAUUUACCACAGGGGAAUCUGCAUUGGGAAUUCAAGAAGGCAUCAUUAAUUUUGUUAAAAAUCACAAGAAAAUCUCAUUGAAAAAGAUAAUGCUUAUCAUUUAUGACAAGGACACAGAAGCAGAAAAGGUCAGUGAGUAAGUUUACCAGAGUUUAAAGCAACAGCUCCACUUAGUUAUGACCUGCCUAUGUCUCUUUCUGUUUGAGUUUUUUAAAAACAUUGAUUAGUUAUAACAGUCCUGUUUUUUAACGAACUAAUAUCUUAAAAUACUGAAAAAAUAGUAUGUUAAUUGAAGAACUUAUUUUAGCUUGAACUUUUGUUGUUGUUUUGUUUUGUGAGUAAAGCUUUGUCCUACUAAAGGCUUCUUGUAUAUGCUUAUAAUUUGAGUCUUUUAAUCUGUUUUAGCUAGAUGAACAUAACUUAAUUAACAAACAUUUAUUCAAGUAUUGUUUAGUAUCAUAACUUUUCUCAAACAAAAUCUUCAUGAGAGUUGAGAUAUUUUAAGGAAAUAUACAAAGAACAUAAGAAAGGAACAAUUACAUAAAUAAUCACAGACUCAGCUGAUAUAUUUUUUCUGGCUCUUCAGGAAUUUAAAUCUGUUUUCUGUCCUGGAGAAAAUGAUGAUGUUCAAGAUAAUGGCAUGGCAGAAGCUGGUAUGGCCUCUGCAGAAGAUUAUAAUGAGCAUGAAAGUAAGUUUCAAUCAAAAUUCUAGCAUUUUUUUUUCUGAAAAGUUAAAUUAAAUGAAAUUCAGCACACAGGAAAGGCAUAGGCUCAACUUUUUUCAGGUAUUGGCAGGUGAGUUAUCUUAAUUAUGUUAUGUUUUUACGAAAUAGUUUUGUUUUAUUUAGAUGCAUGAUAUUCUCGAAAAACACAUCUAACUUUUUCUCUCUCCCCCCCCCCCUCUUAAAUUGAUUAGGUGAUGACAACAAAGUUACAUUUGGUACUGUUACACUGACUGUAAAGUGUGGUGACAUCACACAAGAAAGAUGUGAUGCUAUUGUCAUGGCUCAACUUUUUUCAGGUAUUGGCAGGUGAGUUAUCUUAAUUAUGUUAUGUUUUUACGAAAUAGUUUUGUUUUAUUUAGAUGCAUGAUAUUCUUGAAAAACACAUCUAACUUUUUCUCUCCCCCCCCCCCCCUCUUAAAUUGAUUAGGUGAUGACAACAAAGUUACAUUUGGUACUGUUACACUGACUGUAAAGUGUGGUGACAUCACACAAGAAAGAUGUGAUGCUAUUGUCAAUGGAAUUAAAGGAAGCAUGGACCUAACUUCUUCUGGUAAUUUUCUACAAAAAAAAUUAUUCGAAACUUAUUGGCUUUACAUUCAAGUUUUUAUAUGCAUUAAUCAAUCUUUUAAAUUGCAAUUUUUUAAAAACUUGUUUUCCACAUUUCUAAGCUCUCCAAAAAGAACACAUCUGCUGAGCAAAAUUUUUACCAUUUUAAAGUACUUUGAAAGUCUAUAUAUUUGUGUUUAUGAAUUCGUAAUGACGUGUGGAUGGGCAUGACUGGAGUAUUCUGUAUAUUUGUUUGUUGAUUGCUUUAUUAAAAAUGUCUGCUAUCAGGGAUCAUGAAUAUUACCAUAUUCUAAUUGUACAGUAGGCCUAAUAUCCUGGAACAUUCGCGCACCAUUGCAGAUCAGGAGAAUUUGCGAAUGUUUGGUAUGAGUCACUAAAAAUGCUAUUAAAAGCUUAUUUCUAGAGUUUAACUACUAAAUAUGACACAAAUCAUGAAGCGCUUAAAUUAAUUUUUAAAGUUUAGCUUAAUAUAUUACCCUUUAAAAAAAUAAAUGGUUGAUGACAAAAAAUAUUUUUUUAAAUGGUUGACAUUAAAAUGAAAAUAUAGUACAGUAUUGCUGAAUGGCUAUUUGGCCUACUAGCCUGUUUACAGUAAAGUAUACUAAUGUUGCCUCUACAGUAUUCUAAUUCAUUGGCUGCCAUUUUCUUUUGCACUAACUUUAAGGAUUUGCAGAUCUGUGAAAAAAUUGUGAAUGCAAAUUUGUUAGUGUUCACUGAAAAUUUUGCGAAUCCGUAAAUUCCCGAAACACGAAUGCAUGAGGUAUUAUUUUAUAUUUUUCUCUGUAUCCUAAGGUUCUGUUUGCAAAUCCAUUCUUAGAAAAUGUGGGAAAAGUUUUCAAGAGGAAUGCAGUUCAAAGAGUAAGUGAUUGUGUCUUUAAUAAAUCUAAGUUAUGUGAUAAAAAUAAGGCUAGAUUAAUAUACUUGAUACAGAGCCUUUCCAUUAAAUUAAUUUUUCAUUUUUAUGUUUCAUUUUUUUUGUUUCAUUUUUUUUGUUUCAUUUUUUUUUUUACUAACUAAGCAUUUUGGAUAGAAAUAGAAAAGGUAAAUCUCUUAAUUUAAAAAACAACAAUUGACAAAUUUUAAGACAUGCAAAAACAAUUAAAUGUAAUGAAUCAUGUCUGCAAAUGGCGAAGUAGCCUAAAUUAAUGACAUAAUCAAAAACUAUACUAUAAAUACAAUAAUGUGACAUGGGUGAGUGCAGGUGACAAACAUAAUUUUCUUCUUAUAACAUGGUCUCAGUGUUGGGACCCAAGAAUUUAUGUCAUCUGUUGACUAAAACUUCCUUGGUGCCAGUUCCAAAGACUUACAAGGUAAUUUUUAAUUUUAUCAUGUCUAUUUCUAUCGAUUUUGCAUUUCGCUACAAUUAAUGAAGCUGAAAUGUUAAUUUUUAUUGCUUUAUAGUUGAGGACAUUAGUGAAGAUGGUAUUGCCCUUACAUCAGCGGGCAAAUUGCCAUGCAAGAAUAUUAUUCACAUCAACAUGGAUAAGUUCUCUCGUAGUUUGGAUAAAGGGAUAUACAAAGCCUUACAACUGGCUGAACAGAACGGAUACACAUCUUUGUCUAUUCCUGCACUUGGAACUGGUAAGUGAAUUUCAAUAUAAUGCAUAUUCUAAUAACUAUCAAUAAUUUUACAUUGGGUCCCAAAAAGAACACUCUUUUAGUGAAAUCCUAAGGAGUCCAUAGUGAUAGUAGAGUGGUGAAUAGUUGGGUUCACAAGUUCUUGAUCUAAAAGCUUAGUUCAAAAUUUUAGUUUGAAUGCUGUACCGAGCAGACUUUGAUGUAUGGUUCAUUUUCCUCUAAACAACCUUUACAGCUAUUUCAAAAAGAGUUUAAAAAAAAAAAUUUAAAUUGUGCUUCGACCUAUCCAACCUGAGACAGAAAGUUUAAAAAAAGGUAAUGCUACUAUAUUAAAGUAGCAUUAAUUAUGGAAAAGGAAUUAAGUUAAUUCAGUGUUAAUACGUGGUAAGAACAAUGUGUAAAAGAAGCUGAUGAAGUAAACCAAUCAUGUAUACUGUGAUUUUUACAGCUGGAAAAAGCUGCAUGUGACUCAUGUCCAGUGUGUUGGACACUCCUUGGCUACACUAUGCUCCUACCUGCCAUUUGUUAAUGUCAUGAAUACCAAUGGGUUAAAUACUUUCUAUAUAUUAUGUGGCUGACAUAUUACACAAAUGGAGGGGAGGGGGUAAUGAUGACAUUACUGAAAAUCUAUGAUUAAUAGACAUGCAAACAAGUUUCUAGGAGUUUCUAUACAUCAUUUCAUGAUUUAUUUAUGGUUUGAUAAUUUUAAAAAAAAUACAAUUAUGAAAUAUCCAUUCUCAGAAAUUUUAAUUUGUGUAACAAAAAAAUAAAAGACUUGUAAAUAAAUAACAUAUAUUUAUAAAAUAAUAAUCGUAAUGAUUUUGUUACCUUAAUUUCAGCUAAAAAAGGAGCUGACCUGAGUAAAAUUAAAAAAAUGAUUUACAGCACCAUUGAAAAAUUUGGAAACACUGCCUACAGUUUAUCAGACAUCAGACUGGUUGUUUACCAGCUGGAAAUGGUGCCUGCCUUCCUUGGUUCCAGUUCCAAAGACUUACAAGGUAAUUUUUCAUUUUAUCAUGUCUAUUUCUAUUGAUUUUGCAUUUCGCUACAAAUUGAAUGCUAUUUUUUUCCUUUUUAUAAUAGAAGUUAUAUUAUAGUGUCAUAAAUUUCUUUAAAAAAUUAGAAAUUGAUUAUCUUUCCCCUUGAAUAGCUGCUUUGCAUGGCUGAUAAAUUGAUUUCAUCCAGAUAUUAGCCCAUUGCAAGUACAUGGUUUUGACGCUGAUGGGUUAAUACCACAAGGCUGCCAAGCAUUAAUGUGUAACAGGGCCUUUCUUAUAAAAAUUUAGUCAGUGGGAUGAAAACUUUACAGUGUUUAAGUGAAUUUAUUUCAAAAGUUGGGGCACUUUUAAUGUUUGGCUAAGCAUAAUCUUCAAAAUUUUGCAAUACUGCCAUUCAUAAUAUUAUUUUUUUAAAAAUUUUGAUUAUUGCAAUAAUAUUUGUCCUAAGUUAAUUUUUCCGAGAUUCAAGUUAUUUUAAAAAAUUAACACAGAACAGGCAAGAUCAGUCCCAAUAUCAGAUCAUGUGGACCUUAUCAUCUUCACAGAAGAGAAAGAAAAACUUCAAUUGUUAAUUCAGAAAUUUAAAAGAGACUGUGAUUUAUACUUUACCAAAGAAUUGGUGAAAAUGCCAAAGCUAGAGAAUUUUACUAAAGAGCAGGUAUGACUAUGUUAACAUUAAUUAAUUUAUACGUUAGAGCAAGGAAAACAAUAUGAAACUAAAUACUAUUUAGCGAUAGUUAAUACAUAUCAUUGUGGAUAUGGCACAUAUAUAAAAAUAACAGGUUCAAAAUGACAGUCUCUAAGUAUAACCUAUUGAUUCAGAUGUUAAGAAUGUAGAUACUGCAUCACUGACUCAAUAAGAAAAAAAUGUCAUUACCAUCACAAAUUGAGCGCAAAAAAUAGAGGCAUAAUUACCAUUAUUAUUAUUGGGAAACAUUCUUAAAAUCUUAAAAAACACACCUUUGCCAUAAAUAUCAAAUUGAUGUACAGUUUUAAAGUACCAAGUUAAAGAAAUUUAUUCAUAAUAUACCUCUCUACAUCAGAAUUCAUUUGAACUAUAUAUUAUCAGUGUGUCACUAAAAAGUUAAAUGUAAAAAUAAUUUGUAAAAUGUUAACAUAUUUUAAUGAAAUUAUCUCAUUUCUUUUAUAAUGUAGCCUACUUUAAACGCAAAAUAUUUGUUAUUGCUUGCCAUUGAAUUAUUUGUUGCAAUUUUUAAAAAAGCCUUAUUGUAUUCAAAUAUGCAUAUAAAUAAAUAAAAAAAUCAAUAUAUAUAUAUAUACAUAUAUUAUAUAUAAUAAAUGCAGAUAAAGAAAUUACAAAAUGAAGGAUUGAGUCACAGGAUUCUUCUUAAAAUUGAUGCUGCUAAAGGCUGUGUUUAUUAUGAGGGGCUCAAGAGCAACACCAAGGAAGUCUUACAGUGUAUUUAUAAUCUACAUAUUGAUCUGGCCAAUAAUAAGAUGCUUAAUCUGAGCAAGAAUACAGGAGUACAAUGGGAAUACAAGAGCAAGGAGAAGUGGAAAAAGUUUGAACCUCUGUUAGUAUUGUUAAAAAUGUGUAUUGAAUUUAUGAUUAACAUUAAACUUUAGUGUUCAAAUAAAUAGUCAAUAUAUUUUGUGUAAAUAUUUUUUAAUUGAUUGAAAACAAAUUCUGGUUCUGGAUCUGGUAUGUUUUGCUGCUGCAUCCAUGUACUGGCAUCUUUGCAACGGUUGGGGAUAUGAUGUUGCUAUUCUAACAGCUCCUAGCUGAUGCCAGGGAAGCCUUGAAGCUUUUGACCGAUGUCGAGUUCACAGGGGCAUUGUUCAGGUGGUUCCAUGGUAUUAUUGUGCGUGGCAAGAAAGAUUGUUGAUACUGCACUGUGUUGCACCGAGGCACUUUGAAGCAUUUUCUAUUGUUUCUGGUGUAAUUGUUUAUGGGGAUGUCAGUGGUGUAGUCAGUGUUUAGUGAGCGUUUUGCUCUGAUCAGUCUACCCAGCUUCUGUGGGGUGAGUUACGUGCCUGCCAGGAUGGCCAGCACCAGUCCUGUGAUCACUUUAUAUAAGAAUAUCAGGCGGAGUCCCUCUCGUCUGUCUUUAAGUGGGGGAUGUCAAAUCUAUUUAAGAGGCCAGUGACAAACAAUAGCUGUGUUUAUUAUUUUUUAAACUAAUAUUUGUUGAACAUUUUCUUAACCCCCUAAAAAUGUUAAAAUCAUUUUUUUUAAACAAUCAUAUUGCAAAAUUACCUGCAGUCCACAAAGAAAUUUAAAAAAAAAAGUAUACCUUGUAUAAAAUAUUAAAAAAAUAAUGGUGGGCCUAAUUUAUAAUGAAACAUUUUAAAUAUUAUUUGCUAUGUCUCCCCUUUCUUGUUUGAAUAUUUAAAGAUUUACUUUCGUAUACACUUCAAAAUAAAAAUUGAAAUAAUUAAUAAUUAAAGGAAAAAGUAGGAAAUAAAGAUUUUUAAUGCAAAUAAUUAUCUUAGCCAACUAAAAAGUAUAAAGUAAAAAAAAGUAGCUUCACUCAUGUUGUAAUUGUAACUUUGAAAAUAAAUAUUUAUUUCAAAACUUGAAUCUCUAUAGUAAAACUUUUGUUAUUAAUAAAUAUAAAAUUGGGUUUCUAUACACAUUUUUAAUAUUAUUCUGGUUUUCUCUUAUGUAGUAUAAAUUCUGAAUUGGAAACAGAACACAAAAGACAUCAGAAUUUAGUGAUCAAAGAUUCCAAUGGUCGCUCUUAUAGAGUUGAUUUUACAAAGAAUCUGGAGUAUUUGCUAGAUUCCCAAGGAAAUGUUACUAACAAGACCUCCCAAAUCAGGAGAUGUGAUCUAACUAAAGGUGAGCUUUAUCAACUACAUAGGCCUGCAUUUUUAUUUAAGAUUAGUAUACUAAACAUGCUCAACUGUAACUAGCCAUGCAUUUAAACUGUAUUUUCUAUUGUUAUACUGUAAAAAAAUAUCUGGAUGCUAAGAUAGCUUUUUCAAUAUAUUACUAACUCCCCUUUGCAUAAGCCAGUGCUGUCCAACUUUUUUGACUCCGGGGGUCAAAUUUUAUCCUUUCGUAAAACCUAGGACCAUGCAUGACAUCUCAAAAGAAAUAAAUUUUUAAAAAUUACUUUUUAGAAAAUGAUUCAAUUUAUUAACAUUUCGUACCUUAUGCAUAAAGAAUCAUAUACCUGUUAGCAGUAUCAUCUAAAUGAAUAAAAACUAUAGCACAUCUUUAAUGCCAUAAUUUGCUUUGACUUGAACUUGCAAUCUUCUUAAUUUGUGGCUGGUAUUCACUAACUGCUGCCCUUAUUAGGUUUCCUAAAUGUUUUUCAGUCUAUGGGUUUCAUUUUUUGGACUUAAUGUCCAUCAUUACAGAGAAUCCAGCUUCACAGACAUGGUCAAUAUCUUCUUACAACAUUUCAGUGGUCAUUCAUCUGAAGAAACAUAGGUCAUCUAUAAUUCAGUGGCAACACAUUCGUAUGUUUUUCACAAAGAGCCAUGUUACGCUGAAUUUUGAUGAUUUCAAGCUGUACUGCACCUUCAUCUGCUCCUAAUAAUGACACCAUUUUUGUGGCUACAAUAGAGAUAUCACACUUAAAGGGAUUUUUUAAUAAAAAGUAAAACAGGAGUAAGACUGAGAAUAUAUUUAAAACAAUCUGUGAAAUCUAUCUUGAAAUUUUGUAACACUUGAUUUAAUGGCUCACUUGUAAACAGCCUUGGAAGUGGUUGUGCAGCCUUUGCAAGGGUUGAGAAGUGAGUAAAAUUCGACUGAUUUAAUAGAGUAUUGAAUAAAAAAAAACUAAUUUCUUUCAUCAGCCUUGGUAAGAUUUGAAAAUGUCCUUGCAAUUUUACUUUAACUUUAUUAAGGUGAUCUGUGAUAUCAGUGAGAAAUGCUAGCCUUACAAUAAACUCAGGAAUUUCCAUAUAAUUUAACAAAUCACACUUUGCUUUGGACCUGAGAAACAGUUUCACUUCUUCAAUUAGAUCCCAAAAUUUUGCCAGCACUUUCCCUUUGCUCAGACAAUGAACAUCAAUAUAAAGAAAAAAAUCACCCCAAAAUUUUUAAUAUAAUUCAAAGUGAGUCUCAAAAUCUGUAUGCACUGUCUUCUUGAGGUGUCUCUGCAGAUUGGCCUUUUUCAUAACAGAAAUACUAGUCUGGCUUAUCAAACACAAUGGCUUUUCAUGAAACAAAAAAAACAAAAAAUUCCAGUUCCCAGGAAGUGUUAAAAGUACAAUUUUCUUCUGUAACAUUCCGUUUUGUACUUGCCAUUUUGGCUUUAUCUUUUUAGAAAUAAAAAUGGUUUCAAGAAUUGUUCGACCUGUCUCUGUGGGUUGGACAGCGCAGUUCAGUAGCAUCAAGCUUCUUUUUCUCCUUCACUCACUAAAUCAGAAACAGAUUGGUUGUUGUAAAUUGUGCUUUGAAUUGUUCUAAAGAUCAACAUUGAAAUUAGGGCGUACAAAAAACUAAUUCCUUUUCCAAAUUUUUCUCUUCAUUUUUUUUCUGAUCUGGUUCAUUAGAAAUUAAAAAUUUAAUUUAAAAAAAAAAUUUUCUGAAUUUAAUUAAAUGAGUUAAAAUCCUUGCUAUGCAUGCAGGAGAAGUUUCAAGUAAAACCAAGAUGUUCACUCUUAAACUAUUAAGUGUGCUAAACAUUAAUUUCUAUCCAUUAGGCCUAUACAUAUUUGUGUGCUCAGAAGAAAAUCCUUUCUAGCAAAAUGAUUCACAAAUAGUUGUUCUUAUAGAAAUUAUUACCCCUAAAGUCAUGGUAAUAAUAAACCUUGUAUAAACAUUUUUACCUUUCAUGACCACAGCACGCGAAUAGGAGCAGUGUAUUCAAAUAAAAAAGUCCAGACUUUUCCAACUCUGUUUUUGACACUAUUUCAAAUUAGAUUCAAAUUCAAAUUAGCUGAUAAAAAAAUCAGUAAAGUCUUCUAACUUAUACGCUCGAGUGUCUUUAUUAAUGAUAACAUAAAUAUGCAAUUACACCAAAUGAAUGUUUACUCAAAAUAAAUAUAGGCCUAUCACAUUUAUCUAUAAAAUAAAAUAAUUCAGACAAUGUAAUUAAUAAAUGGAUCAUGAUGACCAACUUAUUGCUAUUGUGGAAGUCAAUAUUCAAGGCAAUUGACACAAAAUUUAUGUAGAAUUAUGUUAAGCUUCUUAAGGAAUGUCACUGUAGAAGACACAAAGAGAUCUGACACAAAAUAAUAGAGAAAUAUCUGUGAAGCCUUACAGAAGCUGAUAAGGCUAACUAUGCUAGCCGGUGAGGCUAACUAUGCUAACAGCUCUAACAGAUGUAGCCGAUGGACAAAAGUUGCAUCCCUAGGCUCCAUUUGGAAAUGAGGAGUUUAUAAAUCCAUUUCCAAAUCAACAAUAAGAUUAGACAUUUUUCAUUAUCUACAUAACAGCACUUCUAAAUAUCUUUUUCUACUAAAAUUAAAAGAUUUUGGACAUUUUCAAUAUUUCUGUAAUUUCUUGGAAUGUUUAGGUUAAUUAAUAAUUUUAAAAACAUGAUCCGACUUUUCUUAAGAAUGUUUUUAAGAAUUGCACUUGGUUAUUUCUUGAACAGAGGAGCCGCUUCCAACUCACUGGGAUUCAAUGGAAAGUGAUGAAACUGUGAAGCUAGUUGAAUUAUCAACAAANAUAUUUCUGUAAUUUCUUGGAAUGUUUAGGUUAAUUAAUAAUUUUAAAAACAUGAUCCGACUUUUCUUAAGAAUGUUUUUAAGAAUUGCACUUGGUUAUUUCUUGAACAGAGGAGCCGCUUCCAACUCACUGGGAUUCAAUGGAAAGUGAUGAAACUGUGAAGCUAGUUGAAUUAUCAACAAAAUCUAAAGAAUACAAAGAAAUAUUGAAAAAGCUUCAAACAGCUAAUGUUAAUUUUGCAACUAGAAAGGUAAAUUUCUUAAAUUUUAAGGUAUUUUAUAUUAAUACCAAAAACAAAACAAAGAAUUGUAAUGCAUUUAAACUUAAAUUAUGAACACUAUGGUUGCUUUCUCAUCUUUAGCAGUUAGUUGAAAAUUUCUUAUUUUCAUGAAACACUAUAAAAAAUUCUGCUUCAUAUUUUAUUUUUGUAAAUAUUUCUAAUAGUUCUAAUUACUCUAAUAAAAUUCAAAAUUAUCGUUGUAUUAUUGUAUUACAUUUUUUAAUUGAGGGAAAGUACAGAAAGAAUGAGAUAUUUCUUCUCUUUAAUUCAGUGAUGAUAUCAACAAAAUAGCAAGUUUCAUUUAUUUAAUAUUUUCAAAUUUUCAUUUUAAGUCUUUUCUUUUGUGAUUGUCUUAAAGAAAAGUAGAGACUUUCAAAUCUUUACAUUACAAUUUCUCUAAUGGUUACUGUGCAGUGAAAGAAUUUAAUUUGAUCUCCCGGUGUUAGACUUUCAUUAAAGGCAUGAAUUUGAAGAAAUAAAUAGGCCUACACUAAAUUUUCCAGUAUGCAUCAUUGAAAAAUAAAUUAUUGGUCUCAUUUUUCAUCAAUCAAUAAAAGUCUCAAAUUAAUACUGUUACCAGGUUUGUAUGACAAAAUUUGGUAUCAAAUGAAAGAUAAUUGAAUGGACUUAAUGUUUAUAAACUUAAUUCUUCAGUUUAACUAAAAUAAACUACCCCAAAUGACAUCCGAAUAGCAUUUAGUCUAAAGGGACCCAGGUCCGAAUAGCGGCGAUGUGUGUUCAUUCAAUUAUCUUUUAUUCGAUACCAAAUUUUAUCUUACAAACCCAAAAAUAAUGUUUUAAACAUUUUUUAAUCCCAACCUCUCACUUCUGGUAGCCAGGUUCGAAUAGCCACUUCGUAACUUUAAGGUCUACAUUUGACCUCUUCUACCCAUGAAGAUACCUAAAUAACCAAAUUAUAAUCAAUAGGCAUGUAUAUACAUUUAAUUUUUUUUUAAAGUGGAGCAGGGUGCAGUCAUGAAACCCUGAAAUGAUAUCAUAAGGUAUGUACUUUAGAAACUGCUGUCAAAUAUAUCUCUGCUAAAAUACAAUGGCUUGAGCUAAAUUAUUUUAACUGUAUUUUGAGAGAAUUUAAAUUGCAAUGUUUAUUAUCUGUACAGAUUGAGAGGGUGCAGAACAAGACUCUUUACCAACAAUACUCUGUAAAGAAACGUGAAAUGGACUCACGCAACCCACCUGGCCAUGAAAAUGAAAAGUUGUUGUAUCAUGGCACUGCAUUUGCAAACACAGAUCCUAUCAACCACAGUGGUUUUAAUCGCAAUUACAAAACAGGUAAGCUUCAUACAGAUUUCAAAUAAUUUUGAUAAAUUUUGUUAAGAAUAAUGGCAAAGAGUAAAUAGCUCAGCAGACAAUGAAAAAUAAAAUGUUUAAUUUAUUUUUCAUAACUAAAAUUAACUCGUUUCUUUAUAUUACACUUUAUGAAAUAAUCAACCAACCAAGUUAAAAAAACAACAUUUUUAUUCUAGAAUUGCUCUCACAAAUUUUUCAAUUUACAAACUUCGUGUCAGUUACUCACUUACUCAUUAGAUAAAUUUAGAAGUCCAAUUACAUUUAUGUAUUUCCUUUUUUUUAUGUUAUUUUCCAUAUGUUUUUAAAGUAUAUUUCCAAAGGUUAGUUUUUCUCAUCUCCAGUUGCAGCUUACGGAGAUGGAGUCUAUUUUGCUGUUGAUCCAAAUUAUUCUGUAAGCUAUGCAAAAGUAGAUCCAGCAACAAACUUACACAAGAUGUACCUGGCAAGAGUAUUAGUGGGGGAGUCAGUAGUAACCAAACAAGGGGAUAGAACACCACCUAGCAAACCUGGAAAGAAUUAUACUUAUGAUUCUGGAACUGAUGGAAAUGGAGUCAUGUACAUCAUAUUUCAUGAUGCUCAGGCCUAUCCUGAUUACCUGAUUACAUUUUAAAUUUAGUCUCUGUGACCUUAUUGAAACUCUAAAUGAAACCAUAUUCAUAUAUUUAAUAAUUAAAAUUUCUCUGUGUGUUCACUUGGCCUCUAACUUGUGCAUGCAUGUGUUUAAAACCUUUAAAACAGGCUUACACAAAAAGUCAGUGUGCAAAUACACGUUUUAAAACAAUACUCAAAUUUAUUGAUCUCUAUUGUUGGUGUUUUCCAAAUGAAAAAUGUGCACGCAAAAUAAAUACGUAACUAUUGUUAGUUGCUUUAUGCAUUUAAUUGUUGUUUGGCCAAAAAUAAUGCUUCUUUCUUGCCAGCUGUAAGAAUCUGAAACUGAAUCAGUUGAAUAAAUUAAUGCAAUGCAUAUAUUAUUACAUUGGUUGACAAGUCAGUUCAUAGAUUUUUUCAUCAUUUCAUAACAAAAACAAAUUUCAACAAUUCUAAAAAUGUUGCACAGAGAAAAUUUAUUGAAUUCAAAGCUGCAGGAGAAAUAAAAGGAACCUUGAUUUAUUUGUAUUUUAAAAUGAAAUUAUUGUAAAGGCUCAUUUUCUUUAGGGGAUACAAAACAGUUGGUAUUGUAUUCUGUCUUCAGAAAUAAUAUACAAACAUGAAGAUCUUAAAUGGAUAACAAAUACUUUAUCAACUGACUACAAAAUGGCCUUGCCAUGAUUAAAAAUUUAAUAUAAUAUUUUGCUAUUUAAUAUAGGGGACAUAUAUACUCUAAAGCCAUCACACCACUCCACUAAAGCUUUCACCCUACUCUCUCUCAAGCCAUUUAUUCCAUAAUUCUCUAGUACUCAAAACUCAGUACUAUAGGUACAGAAAAACAUAAUUCACAUUUACCAAAAUAUAACAUACUAACACGAACAUCCUCUGGGUUCUUGCACAUAAAAAUCAUCUUAUAAUCAUAUCUAAUGUUCAUCAAAGUAAUUUUAAAUAUUUUAUUAUCUAAUGAAAGGUUGAUAUUGUCAAAAUGUUUAUGGUAUUUUUCUAAAAUAUUAAGCCCCUUAAACGC